AUUUUGAGUGUACUGUGUGAGACGAGAUAUAGUGAAUGCAGGGUCUGGGGAGAGCGGAUAUAGUGAAAGCGGGGUCUGGGGAGAGCGGAUAUAGUGAAUGCGGGUCCGGGAGAGCGGAUAUAGUGAAUGCAGGGUCCGGGGAGAGCGGAUAUAGUGAAUGUAGGGUCCGGGGAGAGCGGAUAUAGUGAAUGCAGGGGUCUGUGGAGAGCGGAUAUAGUGAAUGCAGGGUCCGGGGCGGAUAUAGUGAAUGUGGGGUCCGAGCAGAUAUAGUGAAUGCGGGGUCCGGGGAGUGGCGGAUAUAGUGAAUGCG